AUGGCAAGCACCGCGAAGUUGGACAUGUCCCAUCCAGCACAUGCUGCCACUCCUGUGAAGAAGAAGGUCCAUUAUCCCUUCUGGUUUGGUGGUUCUGCUUCAUGUUUUGCGGCCUCUGUUACACAUCCAUUGGAUCUUGUGAAGGUCCGUCUGCAGACUCGGGCCCCUGGUGCGCCCACGACUAUGCUGGGUACAUUUGCACAUAUUUUGAAGAAUAAUGGAGUUUUGGGGUUAUACGGCGGGUUGUCUGCCGCUAUUCUUCGCCAACUGACCUACUCCACGACCCGGUUCGGAAUCUACGAGGAACUCAAGUCCCGAUUUACCACGUCGUCGUCACCACCAGGCUUCUUCACCCUGCUCGGAAUGGCCUGCGCCUCGGGAAUCAUUGGUGGAGUUGCAGGAAACCCAGCGGACGUGCUCAAUGUGCGCAUGCAGCACGACGCAUCGCUGCCCCCCGCGCAGCGGCGCAACUACCGACAUGCGUUUCACGGGCUGGUCCAAAUGACACGCACAGAGGGUGUGGCGAGCCUAUUCCGCGGCGUGUGGCCCAACUCGACGCGGGCCGUGUUGAUGACCUCCUCCCAGCUAGUCUCCUACGAUACCUUCAAGCGUCUCUGUCUGGAGAACUUCGGCAUGUCCGAUAACCUCCUGACACAUUUCACUGCCUCGUUGAUGGCGGGAUUUGUCGCCACCACCGUCUGCAGCCCCGUCGACGUGAUCAAGACCCGUAUCAUGACCGCUUCCCCCGCCGAGAGCAGAGGCCACACGACCCUCGGUCUCCUGCGGGAUAUUUCCCGCAAGGAGGGCUUCGCCUGGGCCUUCCGAGGCUGGGUUCCGAGUUUCAUUCGACUCGGUCCGCAUACCAUUGCCACCUUUGUCUUCCUGGAAGAACACAAGAAGCUCUAUCGUUGGAUCAAGGGUGUUUCGGAAGAUACCAACAAGCAAUAGAGCUGGUUUCUGUCUUGCAUCUCUCGCAUGACCAAUUCUCGUCCUUUUUUUUUUUUUUUUUUUUUUUUUUUUUU